AUGGACCUCGACCACGACCCCUCCCAAGCCGACGCCCUCGUCGAAGCCUUGGGAACGCGCACGACCAAAGGUGCUUUCCCACCGAAAGCUUCGGACUCGGACGCGGCCACGAUCGUACAGGAGCAUCAAGCCGGUCAGGAGCACGACCAGGAGCACGACCAGGGCGACGACGAGCGCGACGACGAGCGCGACGACGGGCAACAGGAACAACAGCACGACGGCGAUCUGGCCAAGGAUCUGUUUGGGGAUGAUGACGACGAUGACGACGAUGACGACGACGACGAGUGAGUUUGGAUCAGGAUCAGACGAUGCAGCGAACAACGAAACUCACUUCAUGGCUCGCGACCGCGCAGCCCGGCCGAAGCAGACCCCACCACGACCACCACCGAGGCCGUACCCUUGCCCGAACUCUUUUCCGACCACGACACCGCAAACGAGAUGAACGAGAUGAACGACUUCAUCGAUGACGACGAACAAGACGACCAAGCUCUCACGCCCGAAGAAGCCGCCCGUCGUCGCCAACUCGAAUACGGCGAACGCACGCCCUCCCCCGGCACCUUCGUCACCAAGACCGAGACCAAAGUCGCCCUGCCUCUCGCCAACUUGGACGUUCCCCAGGGGGGUAAAGUGUGGCAUGCGAGGCUGCCUCAUUUCUUGGGCUUGGAGACGCAGCCCUUCGAUGAUCUCAUGUGGGAACCACCGGCGGCGAAUCAAGCGCACGAGAUGAUGGAUGAGAAUGUGAUUAGGUGGAGGUGGUCAAAGCACAAGCUGGACCAGGUGGUGAGUCAACACUGUAUACGCUUUGAAUCGAUCACACCACUGAAAAACCCUCGCCACCCCACUGAGAACCGCUUCGCUGCCUUGCCUCUCGCCAGAUCAAGCAAUCCAACGCGCGCAUCGUACGCUGGUCCGACGGGUCCCUGUCCCUCCAACUCGGUUCCGAACUCUUCGACAUGUCCGUCGCGCUCGACCAAUCCGCGCUCUUAUCGUCCUCCUCUUCCACGAUCCCCGUCAUGCCUUCGUCGACCACUUCGCUCUCCCUCACGACCUCUUCCGACCGAGCUCACGGCCUCACUUACCUCGUCGCUUCGCACGACUAUACCGAACUACUCGAAGCCCAAGCUUCCGUACACGGCACCCUCACUUUCCGACCUACCACUUUACAAUCCGCGACUCAUCGAAGGUUGGCCGGUCACAUCCAUGCGAGGAAUCUCAAGAGCGUACGAACCAAGAUCGCCGACUUGCCCGCGUUCGAUCCCGAAAAGUUGAAGGCUCAGAGGGAGCGGAUGGAAGAGCACAAGAGGAAGAAGGCGCACAAGGAACGUAAAAAGGCCCAAGGUGGCGUCGGUCCGAGAGGGGGGAGAAGGAAUAGAGGGGCCGUUAGGUUGGAAGGGAUUGAGUUUUCGAGUGAUGAGGACGGGGAAGACGGCGGGAUCGGCGGGGCGAGGGGAGGCGCCGGCAGAAGUCAACCCAAGCGCGGGAGAGGGGGUCCUUUGGCUCAGGACUAUGACGACGACGACGACGACGACGAUGAUGAUGGCUUCAUUCGACCUGAUGAUGAAGAAGAGGAAGAAAGGGAAGGCGGUCGACAAGACGAUGAUGAUGACGAACGGAUGGACGUCGAUGAUCAGAUGGAAAGGGCUGAAAAAGCGAUGGAGUUGGAACGGAGAAAGAAGAAGGAGGAGAAGAGGUUGGGACACAGUGCGGGGAAGGAUACACAAGCGUCGAACAACGAGGCGAGUGAACCGGUUCCGGCUCCGAGGAGACGCUUGGUUGUCGAAUCGGAUGAGGACGAGUAA